AUGGCAACUGCUAAGAUCAUAGGCCAUAGGGCAUAUAGAGGGUAUUAUCCAGAGAACACUAUUCUGGCGUUCAACAAGGCAAAAGAGGCCAAUGUUGACGUUAUUGAAACUGACCUUCAAAUGUCAAAGGACGGAGUGGUAGUUAUCAACCACGACCAAGAUACUCAGCGAUGUUGGGAUAAAAACUAUGUGAUCAGCGAAACGAACUGGGAUGCGUUACAAAGCCUGAAUUGCAAGGAUGCCCGAUUCCAGGACCAGAAAAUGCCCUCACUCAAGCAGGUUUUACGAUGGAUCGUAGACAAUCCUUCAAUGAAGUUGAUGCUGGAUAUCAAGUUCACAAACGACCAGGAAAUCAUGCUCAAAAGUGUGGCGGAAAUGCUAAGCACAAAAGAAGACUUGCUGUUUUGGCGGGAACGAGUAAUAUGGGGACUCUGGACCGUGGACUGGUUUCGCUACGGCAUGGAGACCGGUGUCAUCAAAGACUUCCAGGUGGCUUGCAUAUCGCUAUCGCUGGAAGUCGCAAAGUCUUUUGUGGAGUAUUCCCGAGAGCUCAAUUCCCCACACUUCCGGCUAAGUGGUGUUAGCAUGCAUUUCGUUUCGACGUGGAGCAAAACAUUUCAGAAAAAGUGGCUGCAUUACUUUCAGCAAAACAACGUCGAAAUCUUCGUUUGGACCAUCAACCAUGCCGUAGAUUUCAAGUACUGUAAUGCGCUUCCCAUAUCCGGAUUUGUCACAGAUUUCCCUGUUGAAGCACGCGGUGCUAUUGGGCAAUAUGAACGUAGUAAGACUACGUUCAAAAGGCCGUUUUUCAUUUCUAGAGAAGGUUUCAGAUUUUAUGGCUUCUUAGUCAUCUACCGGCUAACAAUUGAAUUUUUAUUUUCUCCUUGGGCACAGUACAAGGUUUUCGGCAACUUCUCUUUCUCCUUACUGUUUAUAAAGUUCAUGAGAAUAAUCCAUUUUCUCUGA